GUUACCAAAUUUCAAAAAGCUUCUCAGAAUCUCCAGCCUCUCUCCUCUCAUCCCUGAGGUUUUCUUGGCAUCUGGGUCCCGUUCCAUUUGCUCAAAUACCUCCUCUGCUCUUCCGAUUGUUCAGAAACUUCCUUGGAUUUCGGUCUUUCCUUGUGUUCUUUGUCCCAUCCACGAUUUGUUGUCUUGCUUGAUUUCUGGGGAGCACGCGGAAGGAGGACAGAGGUUGCCAAAAGAAAUGGCUCGAAGGGCUUCAUCUCCCGCUUCUCCUGUGACCAUAAUGGUCUCUUCUGAAGGAAAGGGAGCAGGAGACGGGGCUCUCCGGAGGAGCAUCGGCUUGACAAGCCCGGCCCCACGCCAUUCCCUGUCCAACAACCCAAAUUCUCCAGCCGCUGCAAGGCCAAGCAGCCAGGUAUCGAGUGCCGGUGGUGCGAGGUACUGCUUCGCAUCCAAGGAUGAGAUCGAAGAAGUGAGCUCUGAAUUCGUCCGGUACACCGUUCACAUACCCCCAACCCCCGACCACCCGCCAACGGAGUCUCAACCUGAAAGGAGUUAUAUCUCCGGCACCAUCUUUACCGGUGGUUUCAACUGCGUGACCCGCGGUCAUGUCAUGGAGUGCUCCGCCGAUAGCCCUCCGACGGCGAAGUCCGCAGGAAUGCUGUGCAAGAUGAAGGGCUGCGACGGAGCUGCAUUUCUGCAUGGCUCGAAGCUGCCAUGCGAGUGCGGCUUUGUGAUCUGCAAGGACUGCUAUUUGGAGUGCAUUGGGAGUGGAGAGCAGUGUCCAGGGUGCAAGGAGCCCUACAGAAGCAUGACCGAUGAGGACUCGGGGUCAGAGGCCGAGGAGCAAGCCCUUCCGCUGACAUCGAUGGCAGAUUUCAGAGGCGGAAGAAGGCUUUCGAUGAUAAAAUCGACCAAAGCCCCAAACCAGCCUGCUGACUUUGAUCAUAACCGCUGGCUCUUUGAGACAAAAGGGACCUAUGGGUAUGGGAAUGCUGUCUGGCCCAAGGAUGGGCAUGGCGGUGGAGCAGGAUUUAAGGGGUUCGAAGAGCCACCCAGUUUCGGGGUAAGAAGUCGGAGGCCAUUGACGAGGAAGGUUGGGGUAUCUCAAGCGAUUCUCAGCCCAUACAGGUUGCUGAUGGUAAUUCGCCUUGUCGCCCUUGGCUUCUUUCUCGCUUGGAGAGUUCGACAUCCUAACCAUGACGCAAUGUGGCUCUGGGGAAUGUCCGUAGCCUGCGAGCUUUGGUUUGCAUUCUCAUGGCUUCUUGACCAACUCCCCAAGCUCUGCCCUGUUAACAGAGCAACAGACCUCUCGGUUUUGAAAGAGCGCUUCGAGUCACCGAGCGCUCGCAACCCCAAAGGGCGAUCCGAUCUACCAGGUAUUGACGUAAUUGUCUCCACGGCAGACCCGGAAAAAGAACCUCCUCUUGUCACCGCGAACACCAUCCUCUCCAUCCUUGCAGUCGAUUACCCUGUCGAGAAGCUAGCUUGCUACCUAUCUGAUGAUGGAGGAUCCCUUCUAACCUUCGAGGCUCUAGCUGAGACCGCAAGCUUUGCAAGGAUUUGGGUCCCCUUCUGCAGAAAACAUGACAUAGAGCCAAGAAAUCCUGAGGCCUAUUUCAGUCAGAAGCGCGACCCUCUCAAGAACAAAGUCCGGCUAGAUUUUGUCAGAGAGAGGAGGAAGGUUAAAAGAGAGUAUGACGAGUUCAAGGUGAGGAUAAAUUCUCUGCCUGAAUCCAUCAGGCGGAGAUCCGAUGCAUACAACGCCCACGAGGAGCUGCGAGCGAAAAAGAAGCAGGAGGAAAUGGGAGGCAACCUUUCUGAACCCAUUAAAGUUGUGAAAGCUACUUGGAUGUCCGAUGGCUCGCAUUGGCCCGGGACUUGGUUCUCGCCUGAAACUGAUCAUUCUAGAGGUGAUCAUGCUGGUAUAAUUCAGGCAAUGCUUGCUCCUCCAAACUCGGAACCAGUAAUGGGCACUGAGGCAAACGAGCGUAAUCUCAUCGAUACUGCCGGUGUCGACAUUAGGCUGCCAAUGCUAGUCUAUGUCUCUCGUGAGAAAAGGCCAGGCUAUGAUCACAACAAAAAGGCUGGUGCUAUGAAUGCUCUUGUUAGAACCAGUGCUAUAAUGUCAAAUGGCCCCUUCAUUCUGAAUCUAGAUUGCGAUCACUACAUCUACAACUCCAUGGCUCUCAGAGAAGGGAUGUGCUUCAUGCUUGAUAGAGGCGGCGACAGGAUAUGUUACGUUCAAUUCCCUCAGAGGUUUGAAGGGAUUGAUCCAAGUGACAGGUAUGCAAACCACAACUUGGUGUUCUUCGAUGUCAGCAUGAGGGCCAUGGAUGGACUGCAGGGUCCGAUGUACGUCGGAACUGGCUGCAUCUUUCGGAGAACUGCUCUUUAUGGAUUUAGUCCUCCUCGUGCCACCGAACACCAUGGAUGGUUUGGAAGGAAGAAGAUUAAGCUUUUUCUAAGGAAACCGACAAUGGGGAAGAAGAGCGAUCGGGAUAACGAAAUCAUGCUGCCACCUAUAGGGGAUGAAGAGAAUGAAGAAGGGGACAUGGAAUCAUCAUCGCUCCUACCUAAGAGGUUUGGGAGCUCGGCUACUUUAGUAGCUUCCAUCCCAGUUGCAGAGUACCAAGGAAGACUACUUCAAGACCUGCCCGGUGUCCGGCAGGGCCGCCCUGCAGGCUCUCUUGCGGUCCCUCGAGAGCCACUGGAUGCUGCAACCGUGGCCGAGGCAAUCAACGUCGUAUCCUGCUACUACGAGGACAAAACUGAAUGGGGUCAGCGAGUGGGGUGGAUCUAUGGCUCUGUGACUGAAGAUGUCGUGACUGGUUAUCGGAUGCACAACAGAGGCUGGCGGUCGGUCUACUGCGUCACCAAGCGAGAUGCCUUCAGAGGGACGGCCCCCAUCAAUCUGACAGACCGCCUGCACCAAGUCCUCCGGUGGGCGACGGGUUCCGUCGAGAUCUUCUUCUCAAGAAACAAUGCGCUCUUUGCCACAAGGAGGAUGAAGCUCUUGCAGAGGGUGGCCUAUUUCAACGUGGGAAUGUAUCCCUUCACGUCGAUCUUUCUACUGGUAUACUGCAUCCUGCCAGCCGUUUCUCUCUUCUCAGGGCAAUUCAUAGUUCAAUCUCUAAGCAUAACUUUCCUGAUAUUCCUACUGGCCAUCACUAUAACACUCUGCCUGCUUGCAUUGCUCGAGAUAAAAUGGUCUGGGAUAACGUUGCAUGAGUGGUGGAGGAAUGAGCAGUUCUGGUUGAUUGGAGGGACCAGCGCUCACCCAGCAGCGGUGCUGCAAGGGCUGCUGAAGGUUAUUGCCGGCGUCGAUAUCUCUUUCACUCUAACAUCGAAGCCUGCAGCGGCCGAUGACAACGACGAUGCGUAUGCCGAGCUCUACGAGGUCAGGUGGAGCUUCCUGAUGGUGCCCCCAAUCACAAUUAUGAUGAUCAACAUGAUAGCUAUCGCAGUAGGGGUGUCAAGGACGAUGUACAGUGAAUUCCCUCAAUGGAGCAAGCUCCUUGGAGGGGUGUUCUUCAGCUUCUGGGUGCUGUGCCAUCUCUACCCAUUCGCUAAGGGGUUGAUGGGAAGGAGGGGAAAGGUGCCAACAAUUGUGUUCAUGUGGUCAGGCCUGCUUUCGAUCGUCAUCUCUUUGCUCUGGGUGUACAUUAGCCCUCCUAAAGGAAGUAGGAAGGACUUCAUCAUGAACUUCCAGUUCCCAUGAGGACGAGAACAGAAGUUUACAGACGUACAUGAUGAUCUGGUAUUCUGGUUCAUGUAAUGUUGUCGUUCAUACUUCUUUCUUUGUCCUGUUAGUUUCCAUCAAAGUUUCUUCUUUUUUUGUUUGGAAUGUAUUAAAUUUCUUCGCCCUCUAUGAUGGAGGAAUCUUUAAUUUUCUCGAAAAUGAAACUUCGCAGUGUCCAUUUUCUUUGUGUUCGAUUAA